CGUGCAUCUAGUAAAAUCUCGCGAGAGUUGCUGCAGCUCUUGCAAGGGAGGAACAACCCGAUGGCUGCCGUGCAAGAGGGGGACGGAGCUCCCAUUAACACGGGGAAGGACGGAGAGUUCUGCUCCCAGGAGACGCUGAAGCUGGAGGAUCUGCUGAACAAGAACAUGCGGAUCCGCAUGACUGACGGACGCACGCUGGUCGGGCUGUUCCUCUGCAGCGACCGCGACUGCAACGUCAUCCUGGGAUCCGCGCAGGAGUUCCUGAAACCCACAGAUUCCUUCUCUCAAGGGGAGCCCCGGAUUUUAGGGCUGGCUAUGAUUCCGGGGCAUCACGUCGUCUCCAUCGAAGUGGAAUCGGACAGCCUCCUCUCCUCCCAGUACCUCUGAUCCCCUCGGACCCGGAACCGGGCUCACCAGACCGCCAGGCUUUGAAAGUUCAGCUGCUUUGAGUUAAGGUGGACAGAGUCAGACUGGACCCUACAGAGUAGCCGGUCCUCAAAUCAGGACCGUGGCACUUAACGGGUUAAUUACAGUGACGCUUUUUAUAAACACGAUGGCCACAGUACUUACCCGUCCAUUUGAAGCAUCCAGUCAGACCAGCAUACGUGUUUAAAUUUAAAAGCAACUGUUCUGCAGCGAACCCAAAACAGCUCCAUAAAACGCCUCUGCCACAAAGAUCCAGGAAUUACCCAAGUCUAGCAAUGUGCGGUUUUGAAAGAAACCCCCUAAAAAAACAUGCGACUUUGUGCUGGAGGCGCCUGUGCAUUACGCAUUAAGUUCAUAUAGGUGUGUGUAAGAAAUGUGUUCUCUUGGUAAUAAAAUGAAAGUUUGGGGGCUCCCCCCCCCCCCCCCAAAAACAGUCUCUUU